UGGCAAAAACACUUGUUCAUUGCCAUUUUUUUAAUGUACUGUAUGUCGUGUUCAUGUUUUGACUAUUGCGAAUUCGAUUUGUGUUUUGAAUUAAGUGAAAGCCGGUGUAUGGAUUGAGCAAGGCUGUUACUAUUGGGUUGAUGGCAACGUCCCGUCGACAGCAGUUCCGGUGGUUGGUCGCUAGUCGGCGCUCUCCCGUUCCAUCUUCGUUCCCCCCUCCAGCCAGUCAGUGUUGGGUCCUUUUGCUCCCUCCCACCCUGGUUGUAGUAAUUCAGUCACCGCGCACUCGGCUCAGUCAGAGACACGACCAGUCAGCGUCCAUCCCCUCGGUUAUUUGCGACAGGCCGCCGCGGGCGAUGACACUGACACGUUGAGGAAGGAAUACACGACAAAGACGCAAAAAUGACAGUGGACUUCGAAGAAUGUAUCAAGGAUUCUCCCCGGUUCAGGGCCGGCAUCGACGAUGUGGAGACAGACGUGGUGGAGAUCGAGGCAAAGCUGGACAAGCUGGUGAAGCUGUGCAGCGGUAUGAUCGAGGCCGGCAGGGCUUACGUCAGCGCCAACAAGCUCUUUGUGAACGGCAUCAAGGACCUGUCCCAGCAGUGCAAGAAAGAGGAAAUGAUAUCUGAGUGCCUUGAAAAGUGUGGAGAAAGCCUACAGGAGAUCGUCAACUACCAUAUGAUUUUGUUUGACCAGGCUCAGAGGUCAAUCAAGCAACAGCUUCAUGCUUUCAUUAAAGACGACGUGCGCAAGUUCAAGGACACCAAGAAGCAGUUUGAUCGCGUCCGAGAGGACAUGGAGCUGGCUCAGGUGAAGAAUGCCCAGGCCCCCAGGAACAAGGUCCAUGAGGCAGAGGAGGCCACGCAGGCUCUCGUCCUCAGUCGAAAAGCCUUCAGGCACCUAGCCCUGGACUACGUGCUGCAGAUUAAUGUGCUUCAAGCCAGGAAGAAGUUCGAAAUCCUCGAUGCGAUGCUGUCGUUCAUGCGUGCCCAAUACACUCUUUUCCAACAAGGCUUCAACAUUCUGGAUGAGAUUGACCCCUAUAUGAAAAAACUGGCUGCCCAGCUGGAUCAGCUUGUCAUCGACUCGGCAGUGGAGAAGAGAGAAUUGGAACACAAACAUGCCCUCAUCCAGCAAAGAGACUUUUCCUACGAUGACCCCAAGUUGGAGUUCAAUGUGGAUGCCCCCAAUGGUGUUGUCAUGGAGGGCUACCUCUUCAAGAGGGCCAGCAAUGCUUUUAAGACCUGGAACAGGCGAUGGUUUUCCAUUCAGAACAGCCAGCUGGUCUACCAAAAGAAACUUAAGGACUCUUUGACCGUGGUGGUGGAGGACCUGAGGCUGUGCUCCGUCAAACCGUGCGAAGACAACGAGAGGAGGUUUUGUUUUGAGGUGGUGUCACCCACCAAGAGCUGCAUGCUUCAGGCUGAGUCAGAGAAGCUGAGGCAAGCAUGGAUCCAAGCGGUCCAAGCAAGCAUUGCCUCUGCUUAUAAAGACAUCGCCGACAACUACUACAUCGAGCGCCUGGAUCGCACCGCCUCGCCCUCCACCAGUAGUAUUGACUCGGCGAGCGAGCCCAGAGACAGAGGGGAGAAGGUGGAUAAAGGAUUUCGGGCAGGGGGCGAAGGCCUCCUUCAGAGGGUGCAGAAUCUGCCGGGCAACGAAUUGUGUUGUGACUGCGGUCAGAGCGCUCCCUGCUGGGCCUCCAUCAACCUCGGGGUGCUGCUGUGCAUCGAGUGCUCGGGGAUCCACAGGAGUCUGGGAGUCCAUUGCUCUAAAGUGCGUUCACUGACUCUUGACUCAUGGGAGCCAGAACUACUCAAGCUGAUGUGUGAAUUAGGGAACACUGUGAUUAAUCAAAUCUAUGAGGGAGCCUGUGAGGAGCUCAGAGUGAAAAAACCUGGACCGUCCAGUACAAGACAGGAGAAAGAAGCCUGGAUUAAGUCCAAAUAUGUAGAGAAACGCUUCCUAAAGAAGAUGAGUGGGAGCUACACGUUGGUGGAAGGUGAAAGGAAGUCACGACCGUGGACUGUCAAGAAGUGCCAGCGACACAACAGUUCAGCCCGGGCGCCGAACAAAGCGCGUAGGAAAUACCAUCGCUAUGAGCCUGGCAGUGCCUCACCUGCUAAUCUCUCAGCAGCUGCUGCAGCCAAGUUUCGCCGGGAUUCGCUCUUCUGUCCAGAUGAGUUGGACUCCCUCUUCUCCUUUGACACGGGUUCUGGUCCCCGCAGUCUGAGCAGCGACAGCGGCUUGGGAGGAAGCACUGACGGCAGCACUGACAUCCUGGUGUUUGGGUCCGUAGUGGACAGUGUCACAGAAGAAGAGGAGGAAUCAGAGGAGUCCUCCAGUGGUGAGGUUGAAAUUGAACAGGAAGUCCCUUCAGACCCUGAGGAUCCCAGGGAGCUCCAUCCUGGGGCGCUGCUCCACCGCUCCUCCCGUCUGCACAACUUGCCCCUCAUGGCGGAGGCGCUGGCUCACGGCGCGGACGUUCAUGCUCCAAGUGAAGAAGAGGAUGGGAAAACGCCACUCAUACAGGCUGUUAUGGGGGGCUCCCUGAUCGCUUGUGAGUUCCUGCUACAGAACGGAGCUGAUGUCAACCAGAGGGACAUGAGAGGGAGAGGCCCGCUGCACCACGCUACCUACCUUGGAAACACUGGGCAGGUGUGUCUGUUCCUAAAGAGAGGAGCGUCACAGACAGAAGUGGACGAGCAAGGCUAUGAUCCACUCAGCAUCGCUGUUCAGGCCGCCAAUGCAGACAUCGUCACCCUCCUGCGUUUGGCCCGGAUGAAUGAGGAGAUGCGAGAGGCAGAAGCCCCCCUGGGACAACCAGGUGACAUCUCCCGUGUUGAAGUCUUUCGCGAGUUUUCUCUCCUCGCAUCUCUCCAGCCCGAGAAGCUGAGGAGAAGGAGUCUGCAGUUCAGCCGCUGCGAGAAACCUGAGGGGAACCGUCAUCAUCUUAAAGUUUAGAAACCAAUGAUUAGAAUAUAUUUCACUUCAAUAUAGAGGAUCAAAACUUGGCUUUUAAAAAAAUCCAUCAUUUUUACAUUUGAAGAAGCCAAAUGUCUAAUAUUAUUUGGUUCAAAUUUAUGUAUAUCAAAACGUUUGUUAAUGCAUGCUAUAGUGUUUUUGCGAUUGCUAAACUUGAGACUUUAUUUUUUUAGUAAACUGGAUUUUCUCAAAUAAUUGCCUACACUCUUGUAGAAGUCAUGCCUCAAUUAAUCAUUGUAAAAAAAAAAAAAAAAAACAUGUCACAUCUCCUUCUCCCUGGAUUAAAUGUGAAACAAAUUCCUUGUAACAAUAAAAGGUAUUAUCGGUAUAGUCAACUGUAGUGGAAAGGAUGUCAGCCUUAAAGUUCUGCAAUUUGGAUUUCAAAUCUUGCCUCCUGCAUAGGUUUGAAUGUGAGUGUGAAUACUGGUUUGUCAAUAUAUGCACUGCAAAUAUCAGAUGACCAAUCCAGGGUGUCACCCAAAGUCACACUCCAGCACACCUGUGACCUUUAGGACAAGUGAAAUAGAAAGUAGAUGGAUGGGUUGUUUGUAUUAUUGAGGGAAUGACUGGAGUGCUCCAGGUUUUAUAUCCGAAUGUCGGUCAAUUUACUUUCAGGAAGUUGAAUAUUUAUUGCCAUCUGUCUAAUAAUCAUUUGACCCCACACCCAAAGACUUGAUGUUUGCUCUCUGAAUGGCUUGCACUUCCAUGAUUGAUACACAAAGUAGCACGUGCCUCCUCUGCCCCGUUUGAACUGCUGCCAUGUGACUGUUGAUAAGUAUCAACAACAUUGCCAACAAAACAGAGCAUGGCUUGUUGUCGCUGUCAAAUGAUGAAAGUCAUCCUGUUGUUUUCACCUCUUGACUCCUUUUCACAUCGCUUUAUUUCUCUGAUUUUGUCACACUUGACCUCAAUUCUAGAUAAACGCUUGAGCGCAGCCACUCAAACCCAAUUGUGACAAAUAUAUUUGGUUGGAAAUGCCAAUUUAUGUUUUGUAUAAUUUUGUAAAUUGCACAUUUCAUAAUAAAUGAUACUCAUUAACA